CAUGCUAUAUGCGACCAUUUCAAAGCGCGUCCUCCUCGCUAUUCUUCAGCGGACAGGACCCUCUCUCUCUCUCUCUCUCUCUCUCUCUCUCUCAUCAGACGGAUUACCGAUGGUGAAGGCGAUGAUGAUGGUAGAGACAAGCAUUGUCGUCGUCGUAGUUGGCCUCCUUAUGCUGCUUCUGAUCCUCCUCCUCAUCCUCCUUGCCUGCAAGCCAUGGCGAUUAUUCCACCUCUCUCGCUCCUCUCGCACCCGCACCAUCAAGUCUCCGGUUGAUGACAUAGAGAGACCUCUUGUCUCAGAGGAUUUGAAUUUUGUCCAACAUCAAAUUAGUGAUUUUGCUAACUCAUCCCAAACACAUGGAGUCAGUCGUAAACAACGACUUCCACCUGUAGCUCCACAGCUGACUCAGAGUGGUAGCUUUGUGUUAGAUGUAGUUCCCGACCAUUCGGAAGAUAUUUUAAUUGGUCAGACGCUUAGGCGUCCUUUGGUGACUCAACGUGUUAUUGAUGAGCAGAAGUAUGUCAGAGAUGAAGAGUUAGGUCAUGAUGUGCAAUUUUAUCCAGGCAGUGAUAGCCUGAGAGAGUUUUUACCCAAAGGACAUGCAGGAAGUACCCUCACCCUUGAGGUACUCUCUGGUCUUUCUCGUGGGCUCCGUUGUUCCAUACAGUCCACAAGCACUUCAAACCUUCCACUGACUCUUGGAAGGGUUGCUCCAAGUGAUCUAUUACUGAAGGAUUCAGAGGUUUCAGGGAAGCAUGCGCUGAUAAACUGGAAUCUAAAUAAGUUGAAAUGGGAGGUGGUGGACAUGGGCAGCUUAAAUGGAACACUCUUGAAUUCACAGGCAAUCCACCAACAGGAUUCUGAAAGUAGACAUUGGGGUCAUCCCACUGAGCUAGCUAAUGGCGACAUAGUAACUCUUGGUACAAGCACGAAAAUACUCGUUAAGAUUUUAUCUCAAUCUGAGUGCUUGAUCCCUUUUGGAGUUGGCCUGGCAUCCGAUCCUAUGGCUGUGCGUCGGGGCGGAAAGAAGCUGCCUAUGGAAGAUGUGUGCUAUUAUCGGUGGCCUCUGCCUGGGGCUGAGCAGUUUGGACUGUUUGGUAUAUGUGAUGGGCAUGGUGGAGCAGGCGCUGCCACAUCUGCAAGCAAGAUACUGCCUGAGAUGGUGACUAGUAUCUUGUCAGAUUCAUUCCGGAAGGAGAGGGUUUUAUCUCAAUGUGAUGCUUCAGAUGUCCUUAGGGAUGCAUUUUUGCAGACGGAAGCAUGCAUGAACCACCACUAUGAGGGUUGUACCGCAACAGUGCUUCUUGCUUGGGCUGAUGGUCUUGGAGAUUUCUUUGCGCAAUGUGCAAAUGUUGGAGACUCGGCUUGUGUAAUGAAUAUUGAUGGAAAGCAGAUUAAGAUGACAGAAGACCACCGAAUAACCAGUAACUCCGAAAGACUUCGUAUGCAAGAAAUAGGAGAACCUUUGAAAGAUGGGGAGACGCGGUUAUGUGGUUUAAAUCUGGGUCGGAUGCUUGGAGACAAAUUCUUGAAACAGCAGGAUGCUCGGUUCAGCUCAGACCCUUAUAUAAGUCCAGUUGUGUGCAUACACCAAGCAAGCAGGGGCUUUGCUCUUUUAGCAAGUGAUGGCUUUUGGGAUGUUGUUAACUUAAAGAAGGCAAUUCAGCUUGUCCAACAGGCUAGGGAGAGACAUGCCCCAGAUACAGAGAAUCCAGCGGAAACGAUAGCUAAUUUUUUGUUGAAUGAGGCCAGAACACAGCGUACAAAGGAUAACACAUCUAUUAUUUUCUUGGACUUUGACACCAUAAAUAGAGAUCCUCCUUGUAAACUUGAUCCCUAGGACUACCUUAAAUGUAAAAAUUUUACGGCUUUUUAUUGAUGUAAUUCUUUUAUAUGAGAAAUUAGUCUUUAUCCCCCUA